CCCGCCCCGGCCCCGCGGGCCCCGGCUCGGCCGCGCAGCAUGCAGCAGCAGCACCCGCGGCGGCGGCGACGGCGGCGGCUCUGAGAUGGUGGACGCGGGCGGCUGCCCCGCCGGGGAGGGCUGGAGGAGGAUGGAGGCCGCGCCCGACGGCGCCGUGGACAUCGUGCCGCUGGACCGCUACGACCCGGCGCGGGCCAAGAUCGCCGCCAACCUGCAGUGGAUCUGCGCCAAGGCCUACGGCCGAGAUGACAUCCCCGAGGACCUCAGGGACCCCUUUUACAUCGACCAGUACGAGCAGGAGCACAUCAAGCCUCCGGUCAUCAAGCUCCUGCUGUCCAGCGAGCUGUACUGCCGCGUGUGCAGCCUCAUCCUCAAAGGGGACCAGGUGGCCUCCCUGCAGGGACACCAGUCUGUCAUCCAGGCCCUGUCCCGGAAAGGGAUUUACGUGAUGGAGAGUGACGACACCCCUGUGACGGAGCCCGACCUCAGCCAUGCGCCCAUCAAGAUGAGCGCCCACAUGGCGAUGGUGGACGCCCUCAUGAUGGCCUACACCGUGGAGAUGAUCAGCAUUGAGAAGGUGGUGGCCAGCGUCACGCGCUUCUCCACCUUCAGCGCCUCCAAAGAGCUCCCGUACGACCUCGAGGAUGCCAUGGUCUUCUGGGUCAACAAGGUAAAUCUUAAAAUGAGAGAGAUAACAGAGAAAGAAGUUAAGUUAAAACAGCAGUUACUGGAAAGUCCAGCUCACCAAAAGUCUCCCUCCAAGUGGUACUGGAAGUUAGUGCCCGUGCGGUACCGCCGGGAGCAGCUGUGCGCACGGCAGCCGCCCCACUUCCCGCUGCUGGAGGACCUGAUGCGCGACGGCAGCCACGGGGCGGCGCUCCUGGCCGUGGUCCACUACUACUGCCCGGGGCAGCUGAAGCUGGACGAUAUAUGCUUGAAGGAGGUGACGUCGAUGGCUGACAGUCUGUAUAACAUUCGGCUUCUGAGAGAAUUCUCCAAUGAAUAUCUUAACAAAUGCUUCUAUCUCACCCUAGAGGAUAUGCUGUACGCCCCUUUAGUGCUGAAGCCAAAUGUUAUGGUUUUUAUUGCCGAGCUCUUCUGGUGGUUUGAGAACGUCAAACCAGAUUUUGUCCAGCCCAGGGAUGUUCAGGAGCUGAAGGAUGCUAAAUCAGUGUCGCACCCCAAAAGCAGCCGGCCCCCAGUUCCCAUCUCCAACGCCACCAAGCGCAGCUUCCUGGGCGGCCCUGCAGCGGCGAGCCCGGCCGACCCGCAGCCCCCCGCCCCGCCGCACCACCUGCAGCUCGGGGAGCCUGAGCCCCUGGGGAAGGGAGCCUCUGCUUUUAGCCCAUCACACCCUUUACUGCCGCUGAGGCAGAAGCAGCAGAAGGCGGUGCAGGGAGAGGACCCCCCAGACCAGCGACACCGAUCCAGUUCCUUGACCCGAGCCGACAGUCAGCCCCGAGGAGCAGCCAUAGCAUGGACGGAAAAAAAAAACAGGCCUGUGUCUCAGCCAGCGCCCUUUGCCCUCCACCACACCUCGAGCUGUGACAUGGACCCCGGUGGUGACAGCGUCAGCCUGGCCCGCUCCAUCAGCAAGGACAGCCUGGCCUCCAGCGUCGUCCACCUGACCCCGCAAAACCAGCCCCAGCCCGCAGCCCUCAGGACCGACGGGAGGAGCCUCCUAAGCAACGUUGACAUUGAGGACGAAGACGAGGAACUCCUGGCCAUCGUGAGGACGGACGUGGCUCGCCAGGGUGGUGACCCUGGCCCGAUGGCCGGUGCCAGGUCUCCCCAGAGGCUAGCGGACGCCUUCGAAAGUAAGCCCGACAGCUUCUUCCUGGAGCCGUUGAUGCCGGCCGUGCUCAGGCCAGCCAAGGAGAAGCAGGUGGUCACCAAGGAGGACGAAUGUGGAGAGGGGCGGCCCCGGGCCUUCACGUCCAGGAGGUCUGGCGAUGGCCACCAGCCUCUGGGGCGGAAGAAGGCGCCUGGCAGUCACGUCACUCGGGACUUGAACAGGACUUUCACCCCCAUCUCCUGUUCAGAGAUGUCUGCAGGCUUUGACGCUGUGCCCGCUGAGGUGGGGCCCCAGGUGGCGGGGGACACGCAUGGUGGGCCUCUGGCUGGCAGCGGUUUUGACCCAUCGUCUCAGGGACAGUCCGCCGACGGCUUCUUCCUUCAUGUAGGCAGAGCCGACAAGGACGCGGAGGGCAGGCUCUACAUGAGCUGCGCGCGGAGCCCCGGCGCCCUUGGCCCGGACACCUGGGCUGUCCUGCGGCAGGACUCUGACUCAGACGUCGCAGACCUGGACGAGGCUGAGCAGGACUUUGCCAGCGAGGAGCACCCUGCGGCGAGGGCUGGGUACGGCGGGGAGGAGGAGUCUGCAAAGCUGCAGGAGGACCUCAAGGUGAGGGAGCACGACGACAAGGAUGAUGCCAGCGGCCGCUCCAGCCCGUGCCUGAGCACCGUCUCCCAGACCAGCAGCGCGUCCAUGGCCAGCGGGAGCGCGAAGAUGACCAGCUUUGCCGAGAGGAAGCUCCAGCGGCUCAACAGCUGUGAGACCAAGUCGAGUGCGAGCAGCUCCCAGAAGACCACGCCCGAUGCCUCGGAGAGCUGCCCGGCCCCGCUGACCACAUGGAAGCAGAGGCGGGAGCAGAGCCCGAGCCGGCCGGGCGGGGACCACGCCAGCCUGCUGGCCUCCGAGCUGCUGCAGCUGCACAUGCAGCUGGAGGAGAAGCGCAGGGCCAUCGAGGCGCAGAAGAAGAAGGUGGAGGCGCUGUCGGCGCGGCAGCGGCUGCAGCUGGGCAAGGCAGCCUUCCUGCACGUGGUCAAGAAGGGCCGGGCCGACGCCGCCCAGCAGCCGCUGAAAGCAGCGUCCCUCGCAGGGGAGCACGCCCAGCACAACGGGGACGACUUCCUCGGCAAGGAGGAGGGCCGGGGAGCGCUGCUGGGGUCUCCGGAUGUGGACGGGGAGGGCCUGGCUCUUGUCCAGCCGCAAAAAGCCCGGGACCCCGCCGGCCUCCCCGAGCUGGAGCGUGGCAAGGCGCUGUCGGCGGUGCUCCUAGAGGACGCUGAGGGCGUGGACGUGGGCGAGUGCGACCUGUCCAUCGAGAAGCUAAACGAGACCAUUAGCACGUUGCAGCAGGCCAUCCUCAGGAUCUCCCAGCAGCAGGAGCAGCUGUUGCUCAAGUCCCCCACCAUGCCCUCACCCGGGCCCCGCAAUGGCUCCCAGGACCCCAAGGCCAAGGCGGCCAUCCACUUUGUUGAGCCGCUCUCUCCAACAGCCCUGACCGGUCACCGCAAGCCCCCUCGCCUUGGUCAGGGCCGGAAUGCCCGGUCAGGGAGACCGGCUGAGCUGAAGGUGCCGAAGGAGCGACAGCAGGGUUCCUCUCGGAGCAAGACCCCCACGCCUGGCCUCGAGACUGCCCCCCCACACUCGCGGUCCUUCCCACCUCGGACGCCCCCCGAGCCGGGCUGGGACGGGCUCAGUGAGCCUGGGAGUGAGGCUGCAGAGAAGUGCGCCUUCGACAGCUACCGGCUGCACGACGAGAGCAACCAGCGGACGCUCGUCCUGUCAUCCUCCCGAGACGCCAACGUCCUGUCCGAGCAGGCGGGCUUCAGGGAGGGGCUGGAAGGCAGUGCGAAGGAGGCGGGGCUCAGCACUGUGACCGCACCUGGGAAGGAGAACGUGCCGCUGGACGAGCCCCCGCGCAGCAAGGCCAGCCUCAUUGAGGUGGACCUCUCCGACCUGAAGGCCCCUGACGAGGACGGGGAGACAGAAGGCCGGGACAGCUCCGUGGACCUCGGCAACGAGGGGGACCAGAAGCCGGGGGUUGGCUUCUUUUUCAAGGAUGAGCAGAAGGCAGACGACGAGCUUGCCAAGAAGCGGGCGGCCUUCCUCCUGAAGCAACAGCGCAAGGCCGAGGAGGCCCGCGUGCGGAGGCAGCAGCUGGAGGCGGAGGUUGAGCUCAAGAGAGACGAGGCGCGGCGUAAAGCGGAGGAAGACCGGAUCCGCAAGGAGGAGGAGAAGGCGCGGCGGGAGCUAAUCAAGCAGGAGUACCUGCGGCGGAAGCAGCAGCAGAUCCUGGAGGAGCAGGGCCUGGGCAAGCCCAAGUCCAGGCCCAGGAAGCCGCGGCCCAAGUCCGUCCACCGGGAGGAGCCAGGCAGCGACCUGGGACCCAAGAGCGCCUCCCCCCCUGAUAACCUGAGCCGGGCCCAGUCGGGCUCCAGCCUGUCGUUGGCCUCCGCGGCGACCACAGAGCCCGAGAGCGUGCAUUCGGGGGGCACGCCUUCACAGCGGGACCCUGGACUCCGGUUAGAACUUUGCUCAGGCGGUCUGUUACCGGGACUGAAUUCAAGCUUUGCCCACACCUGCCUCCUGGCACGAGUGUGUCCCGCUCCGUGGAGGUGGCCCAAGUGCCAUGGCUGGGGACCCCGCCCGCCAGGCCCCUUCUUCCCCUGGUCCAUCCCUGGUCUGGCGGCAGCAGCAGCGUCUGGGCCCUGGUCACCUGGCUCUCGAAGCAGCAAGGCAAGUGCUGCCCUCCUGCUCUGCGGCGCCGCCGGGGGGUGGCCCUCCCCUCCCAGGCCCCUUGGUGCCCCAGGCUUGGCUCUGUCCCUGAUGCCAUGUUUUCCUGGGGCAGACUGGCUGUGCUCCCCACUGCUGCUGCGGCCGCCAGCCCUUCCUGUGCCGGCGGUGCAGCCCGGCCCGUUUCGGGGUGGCGUCCCACCAGCCGGCACCAGUUGUGGGCGAGAGGAGGUGUGCCUGCCACCCUCCCAUCGCUGCCCCGUCCCCCUUCCCAGCAGAGUCGAGUCCCUGGAAGCCUUGCCCGUGCUGAGCCGCAACCCCAGCAGGAGCACCGACAGAGACUGGGAGACGGCGUCCGCCGCGUCCUCACUCGCCUCCGUGGCUGAGUACACAGGUCCCAAGCUGUUUAAGGAGCCCAGCAGCAAAUCCAACAAGCCAAUCAUUCACAACGCUAUAUCCCAUUGCUGUCUGGCAGGAAAAGUGAACGAACCUCACAAAAACUCAAUAUUAGAGGAGCUAGAGAAGUGUGACGCCAACCACUACAUCAUCCUGUUCCGGGACGCUGGCUGCCAGUUCCGGGCUCUCUACUGCUACUACCCCGAUACCGAGGAGAUCUGCAAACUGACGGGCACCGGGCCCAAGAGCAUCGCCAAGAAGAUGAUCGACAAGCUGUACAAGUACAGCUCGGACCGGAAGCAGUUCAGCCUCAUCCCGGCCAAGACCAUGUCGGUCAGCGUGGACGCGCUCACCAUCCACAACCAUCUGUGGCAGCCCAAGCGGCCCUCGGCGCCAAAGAAGACGCAGACUCGCAAAUGACCCCGGUGCGGCGGAGUCUGUGGACGCACCGGCCGGGUCGAUAUUUAUUACUUUCUUCCUUUUGGGUACGAAGUGUGCAAAAUCACAGACCUUUUUCAAAGAGGCUUCUAGACGACAAGACAAAACCCCUCCCUGAGCUCCCGGCACCAGGAUGGCAGGUGGGGCCAGGGUGGACGGCCCGAUCGGUCCCAGCGGCCGCCCUGUCCCUGCUGCUUGGAGGCUCCCGGCCGCGGUGUGUCCCAGAGCUGCCGGCAGCAGGGUCCUUUUACUUGAAGCUCUCCUUCGGUGUAAACUAAAGUGAUCUCCUUGGCUUCCUCGCCUCCCCCCUCAUCCCUUCUUGCACAUGGCCUGACCCCGCUCCUGCUGGCUGGCUGUGACCACGCAGGAUCACAGGAUUGAGACCUGGUGUCGGGUCAGGGUGUUCGAAUGUCUGUAGGAAAGGAGUUCAUGGUGGGGAGUUGUUUUCAUUUGAGAAAUUGUAUAAUAUUUAUUGAUUGUGUCUACUGCCAACGUUUAUAUCCAAUUCUAAGAUUUCUGGAAAAAAAAAAUUCUUGUUUCUUGCUGCUCAGAAAAAGUUUACUGAAAAUAGCAGUUCCCUAAAAGCACUGAAAUCUGCGGUCUGUCUUCUGCUAGAAUAACGUUUACAAACAAGCGCGGCGGGCUCCCCGCCACGCAGUCGCGAGGGAGGCACGGUACUCCACUGGCGUGCGCCCGGCUGGAGGUGGGCGAGCCACGCCAGCACAGCCCUCACCCGGUACGUUGGGGGUGGCGCGCCCAUGAUUGUUCACUUUAAUAAAGACAGAUUUUUUGGUAAAGUAGAAUAUUUUUUACUCUGAGCAUGUUUCUGUUAAAAAGGUGAUGAUGCACUUAAGCUGACAGUUCUUUCUAGUGUUUUUAUCACGUCCUCACUCGUCCCGUCCCAAUCCUGGCUUCUGGAAGAGCUUCGGGCCCGCCGGGGAGCUUGCGGUUCUCCGUGUUGACAGAGCAUUUGGUCGCGUCGCCUAUUCAAACACAAAGUGGUCGUUGGCAGCUGUCCGGGAACCACAAGUCUGCGGGGCGCUCCGGUCCGCCUCCCGACGGUGGGCCCGGCGCUCCUGCCGGCCCCCGGUGCUUCUUGGGACCAGACCUUCGGGCGCGGCCUGCACACGCGCUGCCGGUGCGCCUGACCCGCUGACCCGACUGCCGGGACGUUCUGGAGUCACUUAUUUAGUUUUGCACUUUUUUUUUUCCUUGGGAGUGUUACUUGAAUCUAUCUCAAAACUGCAGAAAGAAAAAAAUACUGAAGCUUCACAGAGAGAAAAAGUUAAGACACGCAAACUGGUAAUGCCAACGCAAAGGGGAGCAACCGUGUCCACGAGCACGGAGGGGACGCGGCGGCCUCGCCCUGCCCAGCUGGGUCUUGUGUACAUAGGCAGGCCUGUGCGGUUUCUCCAGGGCGGAGUGUUGAAACAGGCCUGAGCGAGCUCCUGUGACAUGCCGCUCACACGUGUGCUUUAUCUCUCACUGUAUGUUUGAUGAUUAUAUUGUUAUAUUUAUUUUAAGAAAGCACUAAAAUGUAAUAAAGUACUUAACUAAUUUGCUUUUUAUGGCCA